CCGAAGUGAAGGAAAAAUUCUGAGAUGCAGAAAGGCUUAUUUGCUGCUGCAAAUGGGAAUCUGGAAUAACUAUGAAAAACACACUGAAAUAAUUGUGUUUGACUGGAACAAAAUUCUUGCAAAGUCCCCAAGGAUGAGAUUCUGUGCCAAAUCAAUGCUUCUGUCUGACUGGCUCUUUCUGGUCUAUGUGUUAAUGGUCUGCUGUAAAUUGUUGUCCGCCUCUAGUCACCAUCCCCGGGGGCACACAGGCCAGCACCAGGUGAAGCAGGGCACGUGUGAAGUGGUGGCCGUGCACAGGUGCUGCAACAAGAACCGGAUCGAGGAGCGGUCGCAGACGGUGAAGUGCUCCUGCUUCCCGGGACAGGUGGCCGGAACCACACGGGCUCAGCCCUCCUGUGUGGAAGCUUCCAUUGUCCUGCAGAAGUGGUGGUGUCAUAUGAACCCCUGUUUGGAUGGAGAGGACUGUAAAGUACUACCAGACUAUUCAGGUAACACGGUAGCAAAGGCUAAACCUGAGGGUCACUCCCAGGACAAUGGCAUGUGGAGCUGUUCCUUGGCUGUUACACAGAGACCCUUUUUUGUCAUGAUGUUAUUAACUUCAUCCUUCAAACUUGCAAAGGAGUUGGGAAAAAGGACAGCACCUCUCCUUUUCAUCUGUGGCUGCAGUUCCUGAGCCUGGAUUUUACUAUUCAGUGGUACAUGAUAAUUUUACAAGAAAAAAACAAGGAGAUUUGGUUCCACCUGAAAUGCACCUUGGAUUCUCAAGGAUCUGAGACCUGGAUGGAAAUUGUGGAAGAACACACCUGAGCUUCUUGUGGUGCACCAAGGAUAAGACUUUCUCAAGGACACAAAGAUAUGUAAAAUUGUUUUAAAUGAGUUUAGGUCAUGAAUGUAACUUAGGGGAUCAUAGAAAGAAAAUGCUGAUGCUAGAACUGGUACAGAUGAUCUCUAAAGUCUUUUCAAGCUACCUGAUUCUAUGGAUUUGUCUGAGGUGUUUCUUACAGUACAACCUAAAGAUACAAAGCUUAUCCCAGUGAAUUGACUGUGUUAUAAAUUAUGUCUUAGUGUAUUUUCAACUGUAAUUUAGUACCUAUGAAGAUGGUAUGAAGGUGAAAAGAUGGAACUUAUAAAAUUAGUAGCAAUUAUUGUAGGGCAAACUUUGGUUAUAGCUGUGCAAUUAGAUUUAUUUCCUUAGAUAGUUCGAGGUAGUUUAACCUUUACAUUCAUAAAUGAUGGCAGAAAAGCGUGAGGAAGAGAUAAAAUUUGAAAGCACGCAUAGUUUUUCUUGUCCUAAAAUAAAUCCAUUCUCUAGGGGAAUAGCAAAGUAUACAUAUUCCUUGCCUCUUUGAAUCUAGAUAUGAAAAAGAAUUUAGCCAUUAGCUAGAAAUAUUCAUUGAGAUGCCUCAAAAAAAAAGGA